GUCUCUCUUGAGAAAUUAAGGACAAGGAGGGGAGAGGGUAGCGUGCAAUGUGCAUGUGUUCUCUCAUGCAAAAGUGGAGGAGAAUUUAAUUCCUUCCCUACCCUAAAGAUUAAGUACCAUGUCUUGAAGAGAGACAAUACAUGCUUUAGAAGAGACAAAUUGCUUUUUCCCUUCUUUUCUUUUAAGCCCUUUGUCUCUCUCUCUCACAUCAUUCAUGGUCUUUGUUUAUUUUGGAGUAGCAGUAGUGGAGGGAGAGGGCUAGCAAGGAGAGGUCUUUCUUUCAGUUGUGGAAUAUGUGGGCAUAAGAGGAAACCUAAGGAAAUGACUUGGUGCAAUGACUGCAACGAUGUGCAAACAAUUGAAAGAAGCUCACCUCCACCUUGUAACGCAAGUGUUAUUGCUCAAAGACACAAAGAAUGUUUGAUCAGGAGUUGCCCUUCAUGUGGGCACCAAAUGAAAUGCCAAGACCAGGCAAGAAUUCAUGACUUGCCUGGGCUACCAGCCGGAGUGAAGUUUGACCCGACUGAUCUAGAGCUGCUUGAGCAUUUGGAGGGGAAGGUGAAGUCUGAUACGUGUAAGGUUCACCCUCUGAUUGAUGAGUUCAUCCCUACAAUUGAUGGAGAGAAUGGAAUUUGCUAUACACACCCAGAAAAGUUACCAGGAGUGAGCAAAGAUGGGCUAAUUCGCCACUUCUUCCAUCGACCAUCGAAGGCAUACACAACUGGAACAAGAAAGAGGAGAAAGGUACACACAGACACAGAAGGUGGUGAGACUAGAUGGCACAAAACAGGCAAGACUAGGCCAGUUGUUGUUGUUGGAAAAGUGAAAGGGUAUAAGAAGAUACUAGUGCUUUACACCAACUAUGGGAAGCAAAGGAAGCCAGAGAAAACAAAUUGGGUAAUGCAUCAAUACCAUCUUGGAAACAAUGAAGAAGAGAAAGAUGGAGAGCUUGUUGUUUCAAAAGUUUUCUACCAAACACAACCUAGACAAUGUGGUUCACUCAUCAAGGAUUCUGUUCCUGUUCCUUCAAAAUUGAAGGCACACAGUAGUGGACAUGAGGGCUCUAACCUUAAGAACAAUACCACUGAUCUUGUCGAGUACUAUAAUCCUUCCUUUAUAUCCUUUGACCAAAGUGGACAAAAUAGAUCAACAAACCCUAACCCUCCUCAACAACUACUUCCCCAUUUUGCACUUCAUGAUGGAUCUUCUCGUAUCCCUUGAAAAAUAAAGAAAUGGGAAAGGAAGGCUGCAAUCAAUGAGCCUUAGUGAAAUAAAUUAAUAUAUACAUAUAUAAAAACGUAGGAGAGGCCAAAAGGCAGGAUACAUUGAGAAGAAUAAGGUUUCUUUAGCUAAGAACUAGGAGCUGAAUUCUUCAGGAGUUAGAGAAUUGAAGUUUUUGGCUACUUUAAUUCCUUUCUUCUUCUUCUUCUUCUUUCACAGCUUCUUUUGUAAUUCAUGCUUUGUACUGCACUGUGACAUUGAUGUAAAAUUCACAUGGGUCCUAACACUUUUUCUAUGAGAGAAUGUUAACUUUGGAACUGUACCAA